AUGUCCAGUCUCGCAGGCCCAAGCUCGUACUCCUCCUUCUCCGUGCGCCCCCAGCAGCCCCCAGCGAUCUCUACGAAGCUCAGGCGUGUCGUCGAUGUCGAGUCUACGCCCCCGAGCGCGGUCACCUCCGCCACCGCCCCACCCACGCCCAUCGCCCGGGCCCAGUCGAUCGCGGAGACGGAGGGACGGGGGGAGAGCCUGGACCGGCAGGUGAACGGGCAUACGCAGCGUGCAGACGAUCGGAACGGCAAUGGAGAGAGGAAUGAAGAGAGGAGGCGGCCGCAGGACGUGAAGGCGAGCAUCAGCCCGGACCUGGAUGCGGUGCGCGCCCGGGUGACUACAUGGAGUCGAAAACAAGGCAGGACGAUUGAGGAGGAGACUGCGAUGGUGCAGACCGCUUUAAGGAUUGCGUCGAGAUUGGCUGAAGACCAGCGUGCUGCCCUUGCGCCAGACACGGACACUCCGUUCGCCGACCAAGUGGAUGUGGUAACCAGGCUGCUUCCGUAUCAUGUUUUUCAGCAUCCUAGGGAAGAUUUGGACGCGGUCCUGCAGUCUGGGAGCAUACACCCCUCACGCAAGGGAAAGCGCAAGGCGACCGAAGAAGAUUUGCUUCGCGCAGAGAUCGCAGACACCAAAUUUGCAUUGGACUGCUGGAAGAGGCGGCGGGCUCUUGAGAAGCGUUUCCGAAAAGCGAGGAUUGAGGAGGGCAAGCGAGCUUCACCUGCCGAUCAAGGCUACGUUCUGGCACAAGCCGUAUUGGAGGUCGAGCGUGCGGACACGACGGCCCUGCAGCAGGAGCUACGCUCGGCGCGCCAGGAACUGGACAAACUCGAACGAGAGAAACGGCUUACUGCCCCACCUCCGCCGGUGCCCACACCGGCUGCUGCCGCCUCGCGCCCGACGAUGAGUGUUCGUACGGCCAACUACUACAAUCCCUCUGCCACGUCCACGCCAUCCCAGACGCCUACCACCGCCACUUUCAUGCCGCCGUACCGGCCAUACUCCUACUCGUACUCGCAGUAUCCCACCACGCAGUACACCUACAACCCGCACGCAUAUGGCGCGACGCACUACGGGAGUGCCGCCUCAUACGGUGCUGCCACUUCCACCCCCACGACCCCUGCCUACUCGCCUCCGGCCAGCGCGACGACAAUGACACAAACAUCCGCCGCCUCGGCACAGGUGCAGCAGGCGCAAGCACACCCGGCCUCCGCGAGCAACACGGCAGUUCCCGUCCAGCUUCCCGUCACCUCCCUGAACGCAUUGAGCGCCCUGGGGAUCGUCCCUAUUGCUGCUGCGUCUGUGCCGUCGGCAGGCCCGCAGCCUCCCGCGGUGAUCAAGUCCACAAACGGGAGCACGCUGAACUUGGAGAUCAACCUGUCGCUCCUGCAGUCUGCGCAGAUGAGCGGCCUUGCGUUAAUCCUCAACGCUCUUACGUCAAGAGGCGUGAACGUGGACGGCUCGACGGCCGCGAGUGGGAUCUCUGCUACCCCGAGCCAACCCGCGUCUUACGCAAACGGAGGUGGCGGGACGGCGGCACCGGCAGGCACCGCGACUUCCGCCGCCGCUGCGGGAAGUACCGCCUCCGCGAGUAACGCCGCGUCCUGCGCGAGCGGAAUUCCUUCGUCUGUGCCUCCCGCCGCCGUCCAGUCAACGACGCCGAACGCUGUUUCGCCGCCUUCUGCGGCAGCAUCCGGGCCCGCAUCCUCUGCUUCGACAUCGCCCUCCUCUUCUGCUUCUGCGGGCACUCCCCAGACAUGACCCAUUGUACUGAAGAGAGAAGUCGAAGGCGGGCGGGAUAUGGAUGGACGAUCAGGGGGCGCGCGCGGAGGGAUAUCGCGACUCGCGACUCGUGUGUGUAUCGUUAUUCGUGUAGCAGUACCAGUAGAACGGCAGCGCCGCCGCAAAGGCAAAGCUUGUAAGAAUGGAACGCGGUCCCACAUGCGCUGGC